AUGUUUUCCAUGGGGGCCUGCAGCUUGUUGGGCGCCGCGCUCGGCUGCCUGGUGCUGCCGGGCCUAGCAAGCAACGAGCCUGACUUCCUGGGCCCAGCCCUGCCGGACGACAUAGCGCAGGCCAUCGCGAUUGGUGACCUGGACCCCAUCACUAAGCUGCCGUUUGGCGAAGACCUGGAGCCUGCCACUGCGCCGCUGGCAGAUGCAGGGGCAGGCAGCGGCAGCGAUCAGUCGGCGGCAGCCGCCGCUGGCUUGCGCCAAGCACCCUUGGGGCGGCAUCAGAAGAACGGGCGCAACAGCAAGAGCGGCGGGCUGAAGCCAGGACCUGCCAAUGGCGGCAACACCCUGGCCAACUACAAGGGCUUCCUGUGUGGCCUGCCCACGCAAGCUGCUGCAGCAGGGUUUCGGCUGCCGCGGGCAAACAGCUGUCAUGCUGGCUCACAAGACAGCAGUAAAGCAGCGCCACGCCAACAGAAGGAGCAGCAGCAAGACCAGGUGUCGCCCCCGGAGCGGGAUUCCCAGCAGCGGCCGGCACCUGAUUCACCGCAGGCGGUUGGGCAGCCUGCGGCAGAUGCUGGCGACACGCUGGCCAGCCCCACAGAGGAGCAGUGGGCGUCGUUCCGGCGGGAGGUGUCGCGGCGGCAGCGGGGCAGCAGCCGGGCAAUGGUUGCGGGAGCGCCUGCUGGAG